CUUCCGGUUCAGCCAUUUGAGGGCACGAGCGUAGCUCUCCGCUACAUAAAACGUUAAUAAACCUUAUCUUUAUGAAAUGGAUAUUUUAAAAGCUGAAAUAGCAAGGAAGAGGAAACUUCUCGAAGAGAAACAGCUUGUUGACGAAUCCACAAAAUGCUUCAAAAGGGCUGAUCUUGCACGCAAGGAAAAAGAAGAAUACUUUAAAAGGUGUGGAUAUAAGGUUCAGACAGAGACUCCUAAGAGCCAGAUUGUUAAAACGGAGGAGAAUGAACCGUCCACUUCAGCUAACCCGGUGUUGGAGCUUGAAUUAACCGAGGAGAAGCUGCCGAUGACUCUUUCGCGACAAGAGGUAAUUCGACGGCUUCGAGAGCGAGGGGAACCAAUCAGAUUGUUUGGAGAAUCAGAUUAUGAUGCCUUCCAGAGACUCAGAAAAAUUGAGAUUUUGACCCCAGAAGUAAACAAGGGUUUAAGGAAUGACCUGAAAGCAGCCAUGGAUAAGAUCGACCAGCAAUAUCUGAACGAAAUUGUUGGAGGAACAGAGUCGGGGGAACCAGACACGCAGCACGAUCUGAAAGUUCACGAAGAAAACACCACCAUAGAAGAGCUUGAGGCUCUUGGAAACACCUUGGGCACUGGGGAUGAUAGUGGAGAUCAGGAUGUCAUUGCCAAAUUUUUAAAGUUUCUUCUGGGUGUUUGGGCCAAAGACCUGAACAGCAGAGAGGACCACGUGAAGCGCAGCGUUCAGGGGAAGGUUGCCAGUGCAACACAUUCGCAGACUGAGUCUUACCUGGAGCCUCUCUUUAAAAAGCUCAGGAAGAAGAAUUUACCACCUGACAUAAAAGAGUCCAUCACAGAUAUAAUUAAAUUCAUGCUGGAGAGAGAGUAUGUUAAGGCAAACGACGCCUACCUACAGAUGGCUAUUGGUAAUGCUCCCUGGCCUAUUGGCGUCACUAUGGUGGGUAUCCAUGCCCGUACUGGACGUGAAAAGAUCUUCUCCAAACACGUGGCGCAUGUGCUCAAUGACGAGACGCAGAGAAAAUAUAUUCAGGGUCUGAAGAGGCUAAUGACUAUCUGUCAGAAACACUUCCCAACUGAUCCAUCUAAGUGUGUGGAGUACAACGCUCUUUAACAAGGGACUUUAAUACUGGGAGUUUUUUUUCAAACCUGCUCAUUUAUUAUGAUGUGACUGAAUAUCAGUUGAUACUGUGUCUCAGAAACUUCAGACAUGAAUGUCUUAUGUAUAAAAUACAC